GUUCGGUCAGAGGCAUUGCUCAGUCUAGCUGGCGCCGCGAUUAAAACUAUGUCGGUUCAGGGACAGGACUGGAAGCACCGUUUUUUCAAUGGGGAUCCAUCUAACAUAUACGCAAGGUUUCUUAAGUACGGUUUAGUGUACAGAAGUUCAUAAAAUAUAAUAAUAUAUAAAUAGGAAUAAUAGAAUAAAUAGAAUAAUAUAUUAUAUUUUAAAGUAGAGGUGCAAAAACUGAUAACGGCAGAGCGUAUAACAAAUGCACAUAAACACAAAUGCAUAGACCACAAAUAAUUUGUUAUUUUUGUUGAAGCUAAAAUGAAUAUAGAAAUUAUAAAGUUUUAACAUUCCUUUCUUUUUUUUUGGCACUAAUAUGGUAAGGCAAAUAAUAAUAUUAAAACAAAUUCACCGCUGUUAUGUCAACUAUUUUGGCAUUAACAAUAAGUACAACUGAUUUCUAGCGCUGUAGAUUGUUCGUGUUAGCGUUAAUGGUAAUGCCUAUGAUAUUAUUGUUGCUCAACUAAAUUAACCAGAAUUAAAUUCGCUAAUUAGUUACUUUUACGACUACGAAAACUAAAUUAGCUGGAAGAGCAAUGGCAUGGACAUGCAAGUUUUAAAGUUCAUAAGCUUUGGACAAAAUGGCGGUUUUUAAGGGAACGGUAUUAUUUGUAUCGUAAUUGGAGCGGUCACACUGCGUGAUAAAAAAGAGCAGUCACUGUCACACUGGCGAGCAGAAUUUCAUACGUUUUUGUUUCCUUUUGGCCAUAUUUAUUAUUGUUAAAAUUGGAGCAAUGCCAGCUGCUGUGCGCAAGUUCCGUCGCGAGAUCAGUGAAAUCAGCUGCUGCCUGAAGUACCUUUUGUUUGCCAGCAAUGUGAUCCUGUGGCUCUCGGCCCUGUUGGUCCUCUCCAUUGGCAUCUGGGCCUGGAGCGAGAAGGACAUGUUCCGCAACAUUACUCGGCUGCACUUCAUCGCCCUGGACCCAGCCUUUGUGCUGAUCAUCCUGGGAGGCAUCACCUUCCUACUGGGCUUCAUGGGCAGUGUGGGCGCCUUGCGCGAGAACACCUGCCUCCUGGGGGCGUACGCCAUCUUCCUGAGUGUCCUGCUUAUCGCAGAGAUCGGCUUCUGUGCCGUGGCCUUCGUGCUCAAGGACAAGGGCUGGAUCAAAGACCAGGCCACCGAGGGACUAAAGGCCUUCAUCCGCCACUAUCGCGAGGACGCAGACCAGCAGAAUCUCAUUGACUGGAUCCAGGAGGAUUGGCUGCAGUGUUGCGGCAUUGAUGGUCCGAAGGACUGGGAUAGCAACAACUACUUUAAUUGCUCGUCCAUCGCAAUUGGCAGCAGGGAGGCGUGCGGUGUGCCUUUCUCCUGUUGCCGCAGGCGUCCCCAGGAGGUGAUCAAAAACAAGCAAUGCGGAUACGAUGUUCGAAAGGAGGGAUAUCCGGUGGAUAGGAAUAUACAUGAGCGUGGCUGCUUGCGCGCUGGCGAGGAUUGGCUGGAGGCCCAUCUUAUAAGUGUGGCUAUCGGUUGCGUGGCUCUUCUGGUCCUGCAGGGCAUGGAGUUGUCCAAGAUAAUCUAUGAAAAAGGCUGUGUUCAAGCAGGCGAAGAAUGGAUGGAGAACAACUUGAUUAUUAUUUCCACUACUGUUAUAAUUGUGAUGUUCUUCCAGAUUUUGGGCAUUUGUUUUGCUCAGAACCUGCGUGCCGAUAUCUACACUCAAAAGUCAAAGUGGCACUGACAAAUGGCUCUGCCUGCUCCAACGGCCAUUUAGAAGGGCACCGAAGGCGGCGCAGGAUUUGGGGAACUUCGAGGUAAGCAACGUGGAGCAUCCACCAACUUCAAACAAGAAUCUGAAACUACUCAUCUACUCUCCGGUUAGUUAACUAUACUAUAAAUUCCUUGUAAACCCGUACUAGGGUGGAUCGAUUUGGAUGCACGAAAGUCGCUGGUAGAAUCUAGUCCAUGAACAUUUCCUAAUGCUUUUGCCAUAAAAACUAUGUCCCGGAAAUAACGAUUGACCCUCCGUAUGGUUGAACCUGAUUUUCGGGAUAUAUAGUACAUUGCUUAGUAGUUUUGGCAUAAAAGGUUCAUUGAUUAGGUUUCUCUUCCACGAUUUAUCUACUUUUUGCGUCCAUUAACUCGACCCAGUUUAACCCAUAACCCCGUUUUAUACUCAAGAGUACGCUAUGUGUCUAACUACAGCAAACGCAUUCCGUCUUCGUGGACAUUGACUAAUAUUAACUAGGUUGCCAAAUUUGUUGCUGUUUUUACGUCGGCUUCCCUUUGCCCAAGAACAAAUGAGAAAAAUAAGAGCAAAACAUUUUAAAUAGAUUUUCUAAACAUUUUACAAGAAAAGUGAAAGGAGGCAUAGGAAAAAUGAAAAAAUUUAUCUUGAAAUGCAGCUGUGAUAUAUUUUUAAAGAAAAGUAUAGAAAAACCGAAAUUAAAUGCAACUAUUUCCAACAAAUCGAAUGAACAUAACACGAAUCUCAUUCCUAAACUGAACAAAUACAACCUAGCACAACAUAUAUUUGUCUUCAAAAUAAUAGUUAUUUUUAUAAGCGAAGAACAAAAUACUGUUCUGUGAAAAUGUCAAUAUCACAGAUCAAAAAAUGGAAAAAAGCAAUACCACUUGCGUAUUAAUAUUAAUGAGCUUGAACUAAAUUUAUGCACAAAUGGUUAGCUUUACAGCAUAUGAAUAUAUUUUUGCAACAUGCAAUUGUAAUUGAGUAAAAACUAAUUAAUUGCUUAAAAGCGCACUUGUAACAUGAUUCACAAUGAAAACAUUGAUUCGCUCUUGUACCUUUUUAAAUCUAUAUUGCAAAGAGACGUAGUAUUGGGAGACUCCGAUGUUAGUAUUAUUUAAACGAUUUUGCAAACAUUCUAAUCAAAAGUAGUGAAGAUUAUAAACACCACUGCCCCGAACAGAGUAUUACGUUUUUGUGCUCUCCAAAUAGCUGGAAGGUCCAAUGAACUGUCACUUGAAUAACUAUAGAAUUUGCCAAUCUUAGUCAGAUUAAAAAAAUAACUAAUUUAACUAACAGUUAAUCGUUUUCCUAAACUGUUUAAAACUCUAAGAACUCAGUCUGCAAACUUAUAUUUAUAAAACAGUUCAUACUUUUAUUGCUGUUCAAUAUUAAAUCGAAACUGAACGCCUACAUUGCUGUAAUGCUCAAAAAGACGAUAGAUAAGAUGCUUUUACAUUAAAUACCAUAAGUACAUUUCCCUUUAUAAAUGAUACAAAAUAAGUCCAAAAACCUUUUAUGUACACGUGCAUAUUGGUCAGAUGUGACAGCUAUGGAAUCUUUUGUAGUUCCAAAAAAGUGUAUUUUUAUGGCAGCUAUGCUACAAAGUAAUCCUUUAAAAUUAAGUUGGCCCAACCCGAAAUUCCUUCCAAACCCCAACUUCCGUAUACACUGCCCGAAAAUCAAAGUGGGCACUGAAAUUGAAACCUAAUUAAAAAUAUAUAUGAAUUUCCAAGUGGGUAUAGUAUAUCCUAUUGGUUUUACUUUUCAA